AUUUUGCGUGUGCACAUUUUGUGUGUGCACCUGUGUGUGUAUAUGAGCACGCAUUGAGGUGUGUGUGUGCUGGUGCACACACGAGCACACGAAGGGUCGGUGGUGUCUGUGUGUGCCCUGUGUGUGCCCUGUGUGUGCCCUGUGUGUGCCCUGUGUGUCUUGUGUUUGGGGGGGUCAUCCUGUCUGCACCCCUCUGUCCCCAGUUCCGUGUCCCUAGCCUCAGCCCUGGGCCAGCCCGAGCUGCCAGGGCCAGAGGGGCCCCCCGAGCCCCCCACUGCUGCUGGCAGGGCUGGAGAGGCUGCACAGGGAGGGUAUUGCAGCACCCAAACCAUUCUGAGCUGCUGCAGCUCCUGCUCUGCCCUGCAGAUUUUCCUGGGAAAAUGGAUCCCACCUCCUGCCCGUGCUGGUGGUGUCCCAGCGGAGAAUGGCCACUCUGUCCCUCAGUUGCCCACUCUGCCCCUGGGCCAUCCAUAGCUCCCCUUUUCCCACUCCCAGCCCUGCAGCCUCUCCCGCCCUGGGAGUCGCUCGGUUUUCCCAGGGCGGGCAAAGGUUGGCUGGGCAGGCAGAGCCGCUGGGCCUGGGCCACAGAUCUGCUGUGGGUCACGCCCAGCACCAGUGGGAUGCUUGCCUGGGAAUUGCCAGGCCCAUGAUAUGUCCAUGUGCCUCGUUGGAGCCGCUCACCCCCCAGUCCCUGCUCUCUCCUCUCUGGCUGCAGGUGACCAGGAUGCUGUGCUAUGGGAAGCCCUGGAGGUCCAUGUGCAAGGGGCUGGUCCUGGGGACCCUCCUGACCAGCUUCAUGUUGCUGCUCUACUCCUACGCCGUCCCCCCGCUGCAAGUCAGCGUCACUGAGAUCCCCGUCCCCUUCUCCUGCUCCUCCCACCUGUCCCCGGCCCAGGCUCCGUCCCCACCCAACGGCACGGGCAGCGCCUCGGGGUGGAGCUGCCGGCCCAAGCUCAACGUCAUGUUCAUGAAGACCCACAAGACCGCCAGCAGCACCAUCCUCAACAUCCUCUUCCGCUUCGGGGAGAAGCAUCGCCUGAAAUUCGCCUUCCCCAACGGCCGCAACGACUUCUACUACCCGUCCUUCUUCGAGCGCAGCCAGGUGCAGCACUACCGGCCCGGGGUGUGCUUCAACAUCAUCUGCAACCACAUGCGCUUCCACUACGAGGAGGUGCGACAGCUCCUGCCGCCCGACGCCACCUUCGUGACGGUGCUGCGGGACCCCGCCUACCUCUUUGAGUCCUCCUUCCACUACUUCGGGCCCAUCAUCCCCCUCACCUGGAAGAUCACGGGGGAGGAUAAGCUGGACGAGUUCCUCCGGGACCCCCAGCACUACUACGACCCCAACGGGUUCAACGCUCACUACCUCCAAAACCUCCUGUUCUUCGACUUUGGCUACGACAGCAGCAUGGACGCCAACAGCCCGCUGGUGGAGGAGCACAUCCAGGAGAUCGACCGCCGCUUCCACCUCGUCAUGCUGCUCGAGUACUUUGAUGAGUCGCUGGUGCUGCUCAAGGACCUGCUGUGUUGGCAGCUGGAGGACGUCCUCUACUUCAAGCUGAACGCCCGCAAGGGCUCCACCGUGUCCCGGCUGACCCCCGAGCUGUACGAGCAGGCGACCGCCUGGAACCUCAUCGACGCCAAGCUCUACCGCUACUUCAAUGCCUCCUUCUGGCGCAAGGUGGAGGCCUACGGGAGGGAGAGGAUGGCCAGGGACGUGGCCGAGCUGCAAAGGGAGAACGAGAAGAUGACCAGCAUCUGCAUCGAUGGGGGACACGCCGUGGACGCCAGCGCCAUCCAGGAGUCCUCCAUGCAGCCCUGGCAGCCCCUGGGGGAGAAGACCAUCCUGGGGUACAACUUGAAGAAGAAGAUCAGCAAGAAGCACCAGAAGCUGUGCCGGAAGAUGCUGACGCCCGAAAUCCAGUACCUGACUGACCUGGGGGCCAACCUCUGGAUCACCAAGCUAUGGAGCUACGUGCGGGACUUCCUCAAGUGGUAGGGGCUGGCAGGUGCCCCGCUUCCCUGGGGAAGAACCAGGUGCUUUCGUUUUUGUUACUCAUGGUUCUCUUGGUUUGGAACUGGCUGGAGGCUCUGGAGCCCAGGAACUUUUCGGGGGACCCUCCAUCACCUUCCUGCAGAGCCCCAGCUUGGGCAGGAGAGCAGAGACUCUGCCUCCAUCAGCAGGGUCAAGGACUGGGGGCUCAGGGGUGGUGUUUUCCUGCAGGAUCCACUUCUUCCUUCCCCACGGAAAAGCUGGAGCGGGGAUUUGUGAAGGAUGUGGCCUCGUCACAGCGGGAGCAGCAUGCAUCACCAGGUUGCUGGGUGCAGGCAGGGAUGUGCUGGGACAGCAGUGGUAGAGGGUCUCCCGUGCCCAGGGUGGACAGAGAUGCCCACAGGGAACCCAACCCUCCAGGUUCUCCUCAAAUCACUCCACUGAGCCCUGCUUUUGGGGUGUGGGAAUGUCAGAACCUGCUGCACUGCCUCAGCCCCUGGGUGUGAUGAGUGCAGCAUGUUCUCAGCCCACCCACAGCCAUCACUCCAUGCCAGGCUGUGACCCGGAGCCGUUUGGAGAUUGGAAAGCCCAUCCCAAAAGCCCCCACCUUUAUCAACAGGUCCCCGUGGCAAAGGGCACACCCUCACUGCCUCACCGCCCCCAUCAUCCCAGUUAGAGGAGCCCAUGGCCCUGGUCCCCACAGGGGACAUCUCAAAAGGCCAACAGGGUCUGGUGACAACUGGUGUGGGGAGGAGAUGGGAGCGGGUGCAGUGGGACUGUCCCCGUGAUGCCAUCCGGGGCACGGUGGGGGUGCUGAGGACAGGGGCCAUUCCCAGUCCCCACCCUGCCUUGGGGACAAACCUCGUGCAUCCCAGCUGGGCUGGAUGACACUGGUGACACCAUGUCCCACUGAGAGUAGCCCUGGCUGGGCACAGACAUGGCACCUGUGGCUGAGCCACCCCCCAGCAAAGGGACCCCCUUGUCCCCCCCCACCUGUGUUCCGCUACUUCUGUAAAGACCAGAAAUAAAAAAAACAAUUUACUUUUGUAA